UAAAAAAAACAAAAAAAAAUGGCGAUGAUACAUAAGAUGAAGAUCAUGGGUAUUAGGAGUUAUCCACCAGAGUUGGGAAGUGUGAUUGAAUUCCAAACUCCACUAACCAUAAUAGUUGGACCUAACGGUACGGGUAAAACGAGUGUUAUUGAAAGUUUAAGUUACGUAAUUACUGGAAAUCUACCACCUGGAUGCAAAGGUCAAGCUUUUAUUCAUGAUCCUAAGCUUGCUGGUGAAAAAGAAGUAAAGGGUCAAGUAAAACUUCAAUUUACUGAUAUCACCGGAAACAGUAUUGUUGGUCAAAGAAGCAUGAUAUCUACACAAAAGCAUAAAAAAAUAGAGACCAAGUCACUGGAUGGUGUUAUCUUGAAGCGACCUGCUGAUGGAGGAGAGCCAAAAAGUAUUAGCAGUCGCUGUACAGACUUCACAAAAGAGAUGAUAUCAAGAUUGGGUGUGUCUAAAGCUGUUCUUGAAAAUGUGAUAUUUUGUCAUCAAGAAGAGGCGAAUUGGCCACUUAGCGAAGGAAAGAUAUUAAAACAAAAAUUUGAUGCGAUAUUUGCAGCUACAAGAUACAUUAAAGCUUUGGAAAGUGUACGCAAUUUGAGAAAAAAGCAGAGUCAAGAUGUAAAGGGCUAUCAUACAGAACUUGGAUACUUGACGCAGAACAAAGAAAAAGCGAAAGAGAUAACACGAGAGUUAGGAAAAGCAGAAGCACAAGUUGUGGCAUCAAAAGAGAAGAUCGAGAAAAUUACUAAGUCUUUGCAACCUUACGAAAAAAAACUCUCAGAACUGUACUCCAUUUCAGAAGAUAUAGUUGAUAUUGAGAUGAAAAUUGGAACUAAUCAGUCAACAAAGGAUCAGUUGUCUAAGAAUGUUACAGAAUUGGAUAGAAAAAUUGUCAAUAAGUUUGAAGGAAGUUAUGAAGAAUUGAAAGAAGUUGCUUCAAAACAUGGAAGUGAGUUUGAAGAAAGAGAAAUAGAAUUAAAAAAUUUGGAGAAUGCGUCCAAGCGUCUUGCAACUGAACUUGAUAUGCUGACUAAAACUAGAUCGACCUUAGUAGAAGAACGUGGUAAACUUCAACAAGAAGCAGAAACUCAACAAAAGCAUGUCAAAAAUAGGGAUAAACACAUUCAAGAAUUUUCAAGUGAAUAUGACAUGCAAGGAUUUGGAAGUGGUCAAUACUCAGUAGAAGAAGCUGACAGGUUUCUAAAAAAAAUGAAAGAAAUUCAUGGUGUUACUGUGAAUGAAGGAAAAGAAAAUCGAGAACUGUUUAAGAAUGAAUUAAACGAAGUUGAAACGAAAAUCAGACAACUGGAAAAAUCGCUGCAUAGACACGAAGGGAUAAUUGAACAGAAACAGAAAUUAAUUGAAUCAAACACAACAAAACUGUCCAAUAUAAAUAACUCGCUCAACUCACUGGCUACAUCUGAAAAUAGAUUGCAAAAUAUUGAACAGAUGCUCCAGAAGGUAAAAGCAAAGUUGGAAGACUUUAAAAAUGAAUUUAAUUCCUCGCAAGUUAAAGACGAAAUCAAUGAUUUAAUGAGCAGCAAAAAGAAGGAAGACGCCAUUUUGAAUCAGUUGCGUGAAGAAGAAGACAUGAUGAUCCAGCAAUCUGAAGCACAAACCAAAGUAGACAUGCUUAACAGUAACAAAGCAGACAAAGAAGAUACAAUACAAGGAAUAUUGCGAAAACACGAUGAGGCUCUAGAGACAAUAUUUGUGUCUCGCCCACCUACAUCAGAAUUAAAACAAAAGUUGAAAGAAUUUGCGCGGUCAAAACAGUCUGAGUUUAGGCAAGCAUCACAGCGGUGCGACAAGAUUAAUCAAUCGAUCACUGGAAAAGAUACCAAGAAGAAGAUGCUACAAGAAGAAAUCAGAAAGAAAGAACAAGAAAUGUCAAAAUCAAAAUUGAAAAUUGACCAAACGUGUGCUGAGAAUGAUUACAAUGAAUUUCGAGAAUUGGUUCAAAAAAGGGUAGAGAAAUAUAGCAAUGCUCUUGUUGAAAUUGGUGCAUUUGAAAGAAUUUAUCAGAAAUACAUACAACAGCUUCAGAAUGAUGACGUUAAAGACAAGGGAUGUCCACUAUGUCAUAGGAAGUUUGUAUCGCAAAAAAAUGUUCGAGAACUUGUCGAAGAGUUAAGCAACAAAUUGAAUAAUGUUCCCGAGAAAAGAGAUGAAAAUCGGAUGGCGUUGGAUGAAGAGAAAAAAUUAAAUUCAAAAUUAAUGAACUUAGCUCCUGUGAAAUCUGUUGUUGACACGCUUUUGAAUGAGAUUCCUCUUCUUAAAGAAAGAGUUUGUGAGUUAACAAAAGAAAUUGAAAGCGAGAGACAUGAUCUGAAGGAGGUUGAGUCAACGAAAACAUUGGCUGAAUCUUCGGAAAGAAAUGCACGAGCAAUGGAGGCUGAUGUGUCUAAAAUGGAUGACUAUCUUUUCGAAAUACAAGAAUUAGACCGCCAGCUAAAUCUCGAAAGUAGUAAAUUAUCUGGUGUUACGCCCGGUAAAACAAUGCAAUCACUACGUGAAGAAGUGCAGGAAAAACAAAGUCAAGUUGAUAAUUUGGGCCGAAAAAUCGAACAUAAAAAAGAUCAGCUAAUGAGAUAUGAAAAGCAACUAUCUUUUCAUGAUAAAGAAGUUAAUGAAUUGACAUCUCAGAAACUUAGAUUGCAGUCAGAACUUCAACAAAGACUUCAACUACAAACUCAGAAAGCAGAAAUAUCAUCUGCUAUACAAAUGUAUGAACGAGAAAUAAAAGAAGCAGCUGGUCAAAUACAUCCUCUUAAAGACAGCGUUCAAAGAGAACAUGAAAAGAAAAAUGAAGUCAUUUUAAACAAAGAAAAAAAUGAAAAUGAGACAAGAAACAAGUUGGAAAAAAUUCGGAACGAUGGGAAUAAAGUUUUGGAGCUUACUAAACUAAUCAAUAGAUUUAUCGACUCAGGAAAAGACACAGCGGUGGAUGACAAUAAUGAGCAAAUCCAAACAACUGAGCGGAGAUUAAAAAUAAAAAGAAGCGAAUGGGAAAGAAAAAAGGAGGAGAUAUGCUCCAUUCAAGAAGAACUCGCCAAACAGGAAUUAAGAAAGAGGGAACUUGAUGAUAAUAUCCAAUUAAUUAAAACAAAUAAAGAAAUACAAAAACUUGAUGACAACAUUCAGAAACUGAGAGAGCAGUUAAGUGAGUAUGGUGACUACCAGAAUGUAAGGGACGAACAGUCAAAAUAUCAACGUAUUUUGAAUGAUGGCCGAAAAGAUAAAGCGACACUGGAGGGUCAGUUAAAAGGAUUUGAAGAUGAAGUAUCACGUUGUAAAAGAGAGUUGAAUAGCAGUUUAUAUUCGAACGCUGAAACAAAACAUUGCGAUAUGAUGAUUCAAAUGCGAACUACAGAACUGGCUAAUCAAGACUUAGAUAAGUAUUAUAAAGCUUUGGAUAAAGCUAUCAUGAAAUAUCAUGGUUUAAAAUUAGAAGAAAUAAAUAAAAUUAUUCGAGAAUAUUGGUUAAAAACGUACAGAGGAAACGAUAUCGACAACAUUGAGAUCGUAGCUGAGGGUGAUGAUGAUGGAAGUGGAGCUUCGAAAGCAAGAAGAUCAUACAAUUAUCGAGUGUGCAUGAUAAAAUCUGGAACAAGUCUCGAUAUGAGAAGUAGAUGUAGUGCUGGUCAGAAAGUGCUAGCAUCUAUAAUCAUUCGUUUGGCACUUGCUGAAACAUUUUGUCUCAACUGUGGGAUCUUAGCGCUGGACGAACCUACUACGAACUUAGAUGAGGCGAACAUCACGAGUUUAGCAAGCUCACUUCGAGAUAUUAUAGAAGUUCGUAUGCAACAGAAGAAUUUUCAAUUACUAAUUAUCACCCAUGAUGAAGAGUUUGUGCAAGCCCUGGGUAGAUCGGAUUUUGUCGAACAUUACUUGCGUGUGUACAAAGAUGAAGAAGGACAUUCAAGAAUUCACAAAAUGCGAAUGGCUGAUAAAGAAUAGUGAGAACAUGAUUUGUGCUAGGAUGUUCCGAAUAUCUAAUUAUAUCAACCCGAUUUUUUGACUUAAACUAAAAUGACGUCAUCAUUUGCCGAUUCAAAACUUUUUUGUUUCAAGAAAGGACUCUUUUGUUUUUGUUAGUUUUGUUAUUUAGAGAUUUAAAACUUAGAUAUUUUAUUUCGAAGGUGCAUAUAGGGUAUAUACAAAUGAGAUAUAUAUUUCUUUAUCGAUACUUGUAGUCCAUUUGUUCAGUGCCUUACUCGUUAAAGGCUUGUUCACAUUCCAAAAAGAAAACUUACUUCAGGGUUA